AGGGUCAAAAGAACUUAACCAAGUGGUCAACGGGUGCAAUAAAAAAAAUUUAUUUCAUCUACUUGCAUCAAAAUCAUCUAAGAAAGUCUACAAGAGUAUGUUUGAAUACCUUAAUGACAUAGGAAAAGAAGUGGGUCAGGAACAAGCUUUUUAUACUUUCGAUUUUGCAGAUAUAUUAUAUAAAUUGCAGCUCUGGAGGGAAAAAUUGCCUGAUGUUCGACCUUAUUACGCUGUGAAAGUGAAUUCGGAUCCUGUGCUCCUAAGACUAUUCGUUCUCGUGGGAUUAUCCUUUGAUUGUGCUACGGAGGGAGAAAUUCGAAUGGUCGUAGAAGCUGGCGGAGACCCUCGAAAUAUAGUAUUUGCGCAUACUUUCAAGACACCUCGUGCCUUGAAAUAUGCUUCCUCAGUGGGCGUGGAUUUGAUGACAUUUGAUGCUGAAGAAGAGCUCAUAAAAAUUCAUGAGAAGUAUCCCGAAACCAGGUUGCUUCUACGUCUCAGCCCAAAAGACAUUCAAUGUGCCUUUGAUCUGAGUGAAAAAUUCGGUUGCAAACUGGAUGAAAUCCAUUACUUGCUCUCUCGAGCUAAAGAACUUAAUCUGAAAGUUGUCGGAGUAAGCUUUCACGUGGGAGCUCUUUGUACGGAACCUGGAUCUUUCGCUUCCACAAUCUGUGACACACGAAAAGUUUUCGAUGAGGCAAAGAAACUAGGCUUCAAAUUCACAAUAGUAGACAUCGGAGGUGGAUUUUUCGGCUCCACUGAAAGAGAAAAAUUAUUCCAUGAAACAUCUGAGAAAAUCAAACAAGCUUUGAAGGAAAACUUUCCAGAGGAGGACAUUGAAUUCAUAGCAGAACCUGGUUGCUACUUCGCUGCAUCUGCGAUCACUCUGACAACAGCAAUUAUAGGGAAAAAAACCAUGCGAAAUAAUUCAUCGUCUAAAGAUGAUAUUCAAAGACAUUAUUUCCUAAAUGAUGGCAUUUACGGCUCAUUUUUUCAUGGCAUUGAAGCUUACGAUAUUCGACCCGUACCAUUAUUGAAAGACACCGAACUGAAGAAGCGGCCUGUCUACUUUAGCAAACUUUGGGGUCAAACAUGUUGCUCAGAAGACAUGAUCAGCAAGAAAGCCUUACUUCCAGAUCUGGAAAUUGGUGAAUUUAUUGUAUGGCAAAAUAUGGGAGCCUACAGCUAUGCCGUCUGCAGCACUUUUUGUGCAGUUCCUCUUCCAGCAUGCAAGCACGUUUUCAAGUAUGAUUCUCGACUGAAAAUGGAUUUUAUUCCAAACUUAGAGAAAGUGGUUGACUAUCUGAAAGAUAAAACUUCCCUUGUAAAAAAUGGAGAAUGUGAUGAUGACUACAUUUUUAGUGAAUAUAUGAGAUAAAUAAAAAUGAAUUCUAAUUAAUUUAAUUAAACAUUAAUAAAUUGAUAAUUUCAUUAGAAACAGCA